AUGAGGAACAUUACUAAAAGCCAGACUAUGUUACUACUCGUUGUUACACUUUUAAUGGUGAUUGCGUACCAUGAGGGAGAAGCCAUACAAUGUUCACAGAUAACCAUGUACUUAGCACCAUGUUUGUCUUAUGUAAAAGGUGGAGGAAAUCCACCUCCACCGUGUUGUGCCGGGCUCAAUAAUCUAAAAGCCUCUGCGCCGGGGAAACCCGAUAAACAAGCAGCUUGUCAAUGCUUGAAGAAUGUAGCUAAUGCCAUAGCCGGAUUCAACGAUGACUAUGCCAAACAACUCCCUGCUAAAUGUGGUGUUAGUGUGGGGGUCCCUUUCUCUAAGAGCGUGGACUGUAACAGGUAUAGCGAAGAUUGCAAUAGCAUCCAUCUAUCAAUUUAG